AUGAUUUUAUUGGCAGGAAAUACAGCAGAAGCCAAAGUGGAAAAAAGCCCCGCAAAAACUGGAAAUGCAAAAGUUCUAGUUCAGGUUGAAAAUAAAAGACAGGGGAGAAAAGAAUCUGAUGGGUUACACCAUGUUCUUAUUACAUUUCCUGGUGAUAAGGUUGGUGUGUGUGGUGGUAGUCUGAUCAGUCCCGAGUGGAUCCUCACUGCUGGUAUCUGCAAUAUUAGUGACACAGAAGUGAUUUUAGGCCACCACACUGACCUAAAAGGACAAAGAAGAAAAAUUACUAAAAUAAUCUAUUACACUCAUGGCAAGGUCACCCAUAACAUCAUGCUCAUGAAGGUGGAAACAAAAAGCUCAGACAAAUUCCACAAUAUCACUCUACCUGAUGUCAAGAACUGUAAAGCACCAGGCAAAGGGAAAACAGUGGAAUUGUUGGCAUGGAUCAAUGCUGUCUAUUACUUCAACAGGAACACUGAUGAGCCUCAGCAUCUGCAGACUGUAAAGCUGACCGUCACUGACUGCACCAAUGCACCAGAACUAGACAAGCAGCCAGUGCCAGAUUAUUUGGAGGAGGAUCUAAACCUUCUGUGCACCAAACACUCAGCUGAUGAGGACUGUGAGCUGUUCCCUGGGUCCAGUUUAAUAUUUAACAACGUCCUGCAUGGAGUGCUGGUGAACUAUGACUUAGAUUGCCAAAUGCAAGUUGAAUUUAAAGACAUCUGCAAAUACAGACAAUGGAUCAAAGAUAACACUAAAGUGUAAAAGCACACUGUAAUGUGUAAUGUUAAUAAAGAGAUCUCUGAUCUCCCUGUGAGCAUCAA